AUGCACGCAAAUGUUCUCGAAGUGCAGCAAGACACUAUGCUCAUCGAAGACAUAAAAGCUGAUCUGAAGUCAAUGGAAGCAGAAAAGGAGGGGCUGACAAGAAAAAUAGAGAGGACCUACAAAAAAAUCCAAAAUCUUCCUGCACUGGAGAGGCAAAUGGCAGCAGCUGAUCAGCUCAGCUUGCACAAGGAACGCCUAGAACACAUGGAAAUGCAACGAUCGGAGCAGCGCGACGGGGUAAUCCAUGCCGAGAAACGAGUUCAACGUCUCAAAGAUCAGCUCAACGAAUUACGCCAAGCAUCAGAGGACAUUGAUCCCUCGAAUCUUAUCGCUCAGUUGAAGGUAGCGCUCUACGAAAAAUUGGGGGUUCAAUCAGCAAAAUUUAUCAAACGAAAAGCAACCGAAAUGUAA